AAACAAGCAAAUAGCGUCUAAAUUGAGUAACAAUAAAAUUUUAAGCUAUUUAAAUAUUAAAAUUGGUGCACAUAUAGAUAAGAUUGUGCUAUUUGUUCUAUGGCAAAAUAACUCGCAAUGUUUUACUAAAAGUAGUAUAAAAACCUUAGGGAUGUUAUCGUACAGCAUCAGAUCAUUUGGUGUUCUCGAAGCAUUUUGUCAAAUUCACCAUGAAAUCGCUGACUUUGUUGUGCGUUUUUGCUGUGGUGUGUUCGGCACUUGCUGCACCAGAAGUGGAAGGUAUUGAGCAACUAAAACGGGAUGUCAACCUGGUGGCUGAUACAAGCAAACUUAUCGAAGAACUUGUGGACAAUCUCCGCAAGUCCGGACAAGAAGCUAUAGACUCAGUUGCUACGUUCAAUGCAGGCAUCAAAAACGAAGUUCUGGCGAUAAGAGACAAAAUCAUAGCUGACGUGCAGAAAUUCAGAAACCGGGUGACUGAAGCUGUGGAAAAUGUGAUGAAAAGGAUUUCUAACACCAAUGUAGCGGUCAAGGAAUGUGUGGAUUCUCAUAGAAGCGCUGCUGCAUCAGUUUUCAACGAAACACUCGCCAGUACAUUGGUUUGCGUCGAUGAAAGAAUUGCCGAUGUCUCUAAGGAAAUCAAUCACUUGAUGACAAUUGCCAAAGAGGCAGUAGCUGCUGGCAAUUUGGCAAUGGAUGACAUGAAGGAAUGUACUACAAAUAACACAAACUUGCUGACUGUUGGAGCUUGCCUUGCCAAAGUCGCUGUGAAGAUCGAGUUAAAAUCUGUUGGUUUUCUUGGCCAAUCUGCAAUGACGGUUGGACGCAUCAACAUUGGAAUUAGUUCGUUACCAGCCGCCCUUGAUGUAUGCGCCGGAAUGCGUUUGAUUCAGACCGGAAUCCAAACUGGUAAGAUCAUCGUCGAAAUUGGUAGCUGCUCAGCAACUGGAAUCUUUAAUGCACUCACUGGCAAACCCAUAAUUCAAACACCGCCUGCAUUGUAAAUUUAUUUUAAGACAAUAAAUAUCGAAGUACAGAAAUAAUACUGGUUUUUUCUGGCACAUCGCCUGUACCUGGAUAGAUACCUACUUUACUAUAUAAAAUUAAGUAAACAUUUUGAAACUAGCUAAAAAUAAAACCUUUAUUCACCAAAUCAAUAUAUUAUGUAUGCAUACUUAACACUAUUAAUCAAAAUAAUUGUUUCUUUGAUAGUGCUGCCUAGCUACCCGUGGUUUUUGUAUCUAAAAUGUUUGAUAUUAUUCAAUGAACGUUUACUCGUCCAUUAAUUUAUCGAGGACACAUUGCAUGGCGGCCGCCAUCUACAGGCAUCGUUACGCCGGUAAUAUUACUAGCACCUUCACUUGCCAAGAAUAUAAUCGCAUCCGCAACCUCCUUAGUAGUUCCUGUCCUUCCUAUUGCAUGCGUUUCUUUACAUUUUUCCAAAUACACUGCAUAAUCUUCUUCACUGACUCCACCUCUUAAGUGUAUGCCAGUUUCAAUCACACCCGGAUUGACUGCAUUAACCCGAACUCCUUUACUGGCAAGCUCUAGACUCACACAUCUUGUAAAUUGAUCUAAUGCAGCUUUAGAGAUGCAAUACGCAAGAAAGUUAGCGAAUGAUCUGAUCCCAGCCACGCUGGAUAUAUUUACUAUGUUCCCUUUAGAUUUAAUAAGAUGUGGUGUGGCCAACAUAGUUAAAUAAUACGGCCCUCGUACGUUUGUAUUCAUAAUUCUGUCAUAUUGAUCAAGAGAAGUUACCUCUAUAGACCCCAGUCCCAUAAUACCGGCGUUAUUAACCAGGACAUCAAGUUGCCCGAAGUGAUUAAUCGUUUCUUCCAAUAACUUUUCAACGUCGGUCUCAUUGACGAUGUCUGCAAUAACAGAUACUGGCCUUAGCUUGCGUGGAGAUACAUCUUCGCAUUUUUGUGCGGUCUUCUCAAGGUUUUCUUUAUUUCUUCCUGUCAAAACUAGUUUUGCAUCUAGCUUAGAAAAUUCUACAGCAGUAUCUGCUCCAAUGCCUGAACUAGCUCCCGUGAUUAGAACUACUUUAUUGGCGAACAUUCUGGUUACCUGAUUUAAACAAAAAGAAACAAGUUUAUUUUUUGUAAUUAAAUAGGUAUACCUAUUUGGUGAUUCGGUAAGGGCAUCCCGUGUCACGGUCACAGGCAUUGGAAGAACAUCAGAGUGGUUUUAGCCGGUAAGAGUCCGGCACGCUUCCACGUCGUCCACACGACGUGGGAUGUCCAUGAGGACUACGCGAUAGGAAAAAAGGUAUACCUAUUUUAUCAAUACCUUCUAAAAUAAUUAUUAUUUAUGAAGCUGCAGAGUUUGUUUGAACGUUAACUACUGGUUCGAAUUGAACACUAUUUUGGUGUUAGUUAGUUCAUUUAUAGAGGAAGGUUGUAGGCUAUAAAACGUCAACUACGACCGAUAGGAGCCGAGUAGCAGGUGAAACCAAGCGGAAGUACUUAAAUAAUAAAAAGGAUUUUAUUCAGACACAUUUCCAGACUCAAGUUGUGAUUGAAGUCAUCAAUAGCAGUAGGUACCGAUCAACAAAACAAUAAUAUAACAUUAAUUUCAAGAAGUGAAUUACAGUACCUAUUGUGCAUAUUUAACGUAUUACCUAAAGCCCUAAAAAAAUUAGAAUAUUAAGUGAAUAGAUAGCUAAUCUAUCCACUGUUAUGAAUUGAAUGAUGAGUCCUAUAACAUUCGGUAUUCGAACAAUUAUCUACCACAAGUAUCAAUGUUGUGUCAAUUACUUGAUUUUGAGGUUCUGACAUGUGAGAUAAUUAAAAAACGAUCUAUAAUAAUUAUAUUUAAUUUUAAUAUAUACUCUCAACAAUUUAUAAAAAUAAAAUAUUUGUAAUCUUUAGAAGUUCUACCGUGGGCACAUAGCAUGGCGUCCCCCGUCAACAGGUAAAGUAACACCCGUCAUGUUACUAGCAGCGUCACUUGCUAGAAAGACAAUCACCGAUGAAACUUCCUUUGCAUCACCGGCUCUACCCAAGGCAUGGCUUUGCGCACAAUUCUUAAUAAAUUCUUCGUAUUCCUGUUCAUUCAUACUAGACUUCAUAUGAAGACCUGUAGUUAUCACACCAGGAUUCACAGCGUUAACACGAACACCCUUUAGUGCCAGUUCUAAAGCAACACACCUCGUGAAUUGGUCCAGAGCAGAUUUAGACAUGCAGUAUGCAAGAACGUUUGGAAAAGAUCGUAAGCCAGUCACACUGGAUACGUUAACUAUGUUUCCCUUUGUUUUUACGAGGUGAGGAGUAGCUAACAUUGUAAGAUGGUAUGGUCCUCGGACGUUAGUAUUCAUCACUCGAUCGUACUGAUUUAGUGAAGUGUUUUCUAUGGAACCAGAUUCAAGAACACCAGCAUUGUUCACCAAGACAUCGAGUUGCUUGAAUUCGUUGAUAGUAGUUUUAAUAAUGUUCUCUACGUCACUUUCAUUAUUCAUAUCGGCGAUUACGAUCAGUGGUUUUAAACAGCUUGGUGAAUUUUCUUCGCAUUGUUUAGCAACAUUCUCUAAAUUUUGUUUAUUUCUUCCGGUAAUUACCAAUUUAGCAUCAAGUUUUGAGAAGUCUAGAGCAGUUUCAGCUCCGAUUCCCGAACUGGCGCCGGUGAUCAGUACCACUUUGUUUGCAAACAUGAUGUAGGUUACCUG